AUGUCGUGCUCCUGGACCAGCGACGGGGUUGCUGAGAGUUGUGGAAGUUGCAGUGAUAGGAACCAGGUUCCAGACUUUGAGGAGGUUUCUUCUCCGGUGCUUUCGAUUCCUUUCUGGAUAGAAGAUCCUAAUUUCUGCGGGGAACAGGAUGGAUUUGCUUGCAAGUGCGGGUUAAGGCUGGGUCAACGGGUGGCGUUUCAAGGUGUUGAUCUUGGGCGACGUUUCGUGUCAUGUCCAAAGGUGGACGAUAGCAUGUGUGGUUUCAUGGUUUGGAUUGAUCCAGAACAUUCUAUGUAUGUGAAGACUGGGCUCGAACGUUUGUGGUCACUGUUUAAUGAAGAGCAGCAGAAACAGAGUGAUUUUGUAUCUCAGGAGAGGGAGGAUAAGGAAUUGGCACAACUAGCAAUCUGGAAGAAGGAGCAGGAGUUGAUGCAGAUGCAGCAUGAACUAGCAUGUGCGCAUGAUCUACAGAGGGCUUUGGAGCUAUGCAAGAAGUCAGAAGAAGAACAGGCUGCAAUUGAGUGGAAGUUAGCAGAUAGCAUAGCUAAAAUGGAAGCAAUGCAGAACAUGUCAAAGCAGAAAGAAGAUAAGGGUAAAUCCAUCAUCAUGUUGUGCUUUGGUAUAAUUCUCGCUUUAUCAUUCAUGGUGUUUCUUUUGCACUCAUCCAAGUCCUGUCACUGCCACUGCCAGAUGUAA